AUGCAUCGCUUGUGGUUUUUGGGAAACUUAAGGAGGAAGGCCGCCAGAAAUGGGUUGGAACUGAAAAAUACUGUCAGUGUGAUAAAGUCGGUGAGGGAUAAAUCAAAUGGACACACGUCUAGUCAGGCUGGUACCAGGCUGCCUACAGACACGUCUAGUCAGGCUGGUACCGGGCUGCCUACAGACACGUCUAGUCAGGCUGGUACCGGGCUGCCUACAGACACGUCUAGUCAGGCUGGUACCGGGCUGCCUACAGACACGUCUAGUCAGGCUGGUACCGGGCUGCCUACAGACACGUCUAGUCAGGCUGGUACCGGGCUGCCUACAGACACGUCUAGUCAGGCUGGUACCGGGCUGCCUACAGACACGUCUAGUCAGGCUGGUACCGGGCUGCCUACAGACACGUCUAGUCAGGCUGGUACCGGGCUGCCUACAGACACGUCUAGUCAGGCCAGGCACCGGGCUGCCUGGACACGUCUAGUCAGGGGUACCGGGCCUACAGACACGUCUAGUCAGGCUGGUACCGGGCUGCCUACAGACACGUCUAGUCAGGCUGGUACCGGGCUGCCUACAGACACGUCUAGUCAGGCUGGUACCGGGCUGCCUACAGACACGUCUAGUCAGGCUGGUACCGGGCUGCCUACAGACACGUCUAGUCAGGCUGGUACCGGGCUGCCUACAGACACGUCUAGUCAGGCUGGUACCGGGCUGCCUACAGACACGUCUAGUCAGGCUGGUACCGGGCUGCCUACAGACACGUCUAGUCAGGCUGGUACCGGGCUGCCUACAGACACGUCUAGUCAGGCUGGUACCGGGCUGCCUACAGACACGUCUAGUCAGGCUGGUACCGGGCUGCCUACAGACACGUCUAGUCAGGCUGGUACCGGGCUGCCUACAGACACGUCUAGUCAGGCUGGUACCGGGCUGCCUACAGACACGUCUAGUCAGGCUGGUACCGGGCUGCCUACAGACACGUCUAGUCAGGCUGGUACCGGGCUGCCUACAGACACGUCUAGUCAGGCUGGUACCGUCAGGCUGCCUACAGACACGUCUAGUCAGGCUGGUACCGGGCUGCCUACAGACACGUCUAGUCAGGCUGGUACCGGGCUAGUCAGGCCUACAGACACGUCUAGUCAGGCUGGUACCGGGCUGCCUACAGACACGUCUAGUCAGGCUGGUACCGGGCUGCCUACAGACACGUCUAGUCAGGCUGGUACCGGGCUGCCUACAGACACGUCUAGUCAGGCUGGUACUAUAGAUCGGGCUGCCUACAGACACGUCUAG